GCGACGGGCAGAGCGUCCUGCCCUCCCUCCCUCCUUCUCUCCAUCUCUCCUUCCCUCCAUCCCUCAUCCAUCCCUCCCUCCGGCCGGGGGAGCGAGGUGCGGAGCGCGUCUUGGCGGGGGCUGCCAGCCGGGGAUCAUGCCGGGGGAGCUGCGCCUCGGCACCGCUUUCUCCUCGCCCUCCAUGGAGCCCGGACUUUCUCUACAAUGACUUUCCCCGAGCUGAGCAAUGGCAGCUUGAGUGGGAACCGGACGGGACAAGGCAGCCAGAGCGCUGCCAACCGGUCCUGGGGGCUGCAAGGGGAGGAGACCCCCGAGGGCAACGGCACCACGCUGACUUUCGCCUUGGACGUGCAGGCGGUGGGCGUCGGGGUUUUUCUGGCCGUCUUCAUCCUCUCGGCCAUCGUGGGCAACAUCUUGGUCAUCCUGUCGGUGGCUUGCAACCGGCACCUGCAGACGGUCACCAACUACUUCAUCGUCAACCUGGCCAUCGCCGACCUGCUGCUCAGCACCACCGUGCUGCCCUUCUCGGCCACCCUGGAGGUUUUGGGCUUCUGGGUGUUCGGGCGCAUCUUCUGCAACAUCUGGGCGGCGGUGGACGUGCUGUGCUGCUCUGCCUCCAUCAUGAGCCUGUGCAUCAUCUCCGUGGACAGGUACAUCGGCGUCAAGUACUCCCUCAAGUACCCCACCAUCAUGACCGAGAGGAAGGCGGGGGUCAUCCUCGUGGUGGUCUGGCUCUCCUCCAUGGUCAUCUCCAUCGGGCCGCUGCUGGGCUGGAAGGAGCCGCCGCCGCCGGACGAGAGCAUCUGCAGCAUCACGGAGGAGCCGGGCUAUGCCCUGUUCUCCUCCCUCUUCUCCUUCUACUUGCCCCUCAUGGUCAUCCUGGUGAUGUACUUCAGGAUUUACGUGGUGGCCAGGMGGACCACCCGCAGCCUGGAGGCAGGGGUCAAGAAGGAGAGGAACAAGUCCAUGGAGGUGGUGCUGCGCAUCCACUGCCGCAGCGUGCUGGAGGAGCCGCUCUCCAGCACCCGGGGCAAGGGCCACAACUUCCGCAGCUCCCUCUCCGUGCGGCUCCUCAAGUUCUCCCGGGAGAAAAAAGCGGCCAAGACUCUSGCCAUCGUCGUGGGUGUCUUCAUCCUSUGCUGGUUCCCCUUCUUCUUCAUCCUGCCUUUUGGUUCCUUCUUCCCAUCCCUGAAGCCCUCGGAAAUCGUUUUCAAGAUCAUCUUCUGGCUGGGCUACUUCAACAGCUGCGUGAACCCCAUCAUCUACCCGUGCUCCAGCAAGGAGUUCAAGCGCGCUUUUAUCCGCCUGCUCAAGUGCCAGUGCCGGCGGCGCCGCCGGCCCAUCUGGAGGGUCUACGACCACCACUGGAGAGGAGCCUCCAUCAACAGCUCCGUGCAGGACUCAGACACCGACCUGAGGCCCAGGAUUAACACCCUCAACAGCUCCUUCAUAUUUAACUCYUCCUUCCAGGAGCGAGCGGGUAAGAGGCGAACGCUCAGCUUCAAGGGCUGGAAGAUGCUCACCCCUUUCCAGAAGCCGGCGUCCACACAGCUGAAGGAGAAGAUGAACAGCCUUUCGAACAAAAUCCGGGGUGGCUCCAGCAAAGGGGGGGUCAUGGCCACCUACAAGACCGAGGUGGAGUCGGUCUCGAUYGGGAUCCCUCAGGAUUUCACGGAAACCAUCGAUUACCAAACCCAUGACUUGACAGACUGCUGUGGGCUGAGAGAAACGGACAUUUGAGGCCUCUGGGGCAGCUGUCGAUGGUUUCUUUAGAGGUAUCCAACAGAAUGGAGGGAUGCCCCCGUGGGUCUGUCAGGCAGACUGGAAGCAGCAAUCAGGUAUUAAAUGCAGUUGCCCAAAGGUUCUCCAAGCAUCCCCCAGGCAGAGCUCAGCCCCUGCUGUGGGAUUAUGGGUUCCUCCGAUUAAAAUAGAUGGUAAAUCCUAUUCCAAUGGGCCACAGCAGGAGGGGAAGGUGUGGAUGUGGCCUUAAGGCGAGAGCUGUCCUCGUGGAUGGUUGUCCUUGGCUUUGGAAGGAGCUGUGCAAUGAAACCAGGACGCCUCCUUUGCCUUAAAAACAGCGCCGUGAAAUCCAACGGAAAGAGCAAACCCCAAAAGUUGCCAGCCCUGCCUUAGCACACGUGGUCAUGUUUCCAUCCAGAGGCAGCCUCCAGG